AUGUUUAACAAAAAAAAAUUUGGGUUUUCAGAAAUCCCGGAUUUAACUGGAAAAGUUGUCAUAGUAACAGGGGGCAACACUGGUAUUGGAUAUGUUACAUCUAGAGAAUUGGCAAGAAAAAAUGCACAUGUAUUUAUUCUAAGUCGUAGUAUUGAAAAAGGUACAACAGCUGUUGAAAAGAUUAAACAAGAAACAGGAAAUCAGCACAUAGAGUUUUUACAACUAGAUUUACAAAGCUUAAAAUCUGUUAAAGGGUGUGCUGAAUCUUUUUUGGCUCGAAAGUUACCUUUACAUAUUUUGAUCAAUAAUGCUGGUAUAAUGGCAACCGAAUUUUCUUUAACGGUUGAUGGUAUCCAAGAUCAAUUUGGAACCAAUCACAUUGGACAUUUUCUUCUUACAAAAUUACUUUUACCAACAAUUGAAUCAUCAGCUCCAUCCAGAAUAGUGAUUGUUAGCAGCAUAGGACAUGAGUAUACAGCUAAAAAUGGUAUAGAAUUUGACAAAUUAAAUGAUCCAAAUGCUCAUACUACUGUAGUACGCUACGGACAAUCAAAACUAGCAAACAUAUUGUUCGCUGUUGAAUUAAACAAAAGACUUGAGGGAAAGAAAGUUUAUGUUAAUUGUCUUCAUCCAGGUAUUAUAGAUAAUUGGGGUAAAUGGGUGGUCCCAUUUGUUAAACUUGUAAGUCUCGCAUUACUUACACCUGAUGAAGGGGCAUUGACUACAUUGUACUGUGCAACAAGUCCUGAAAUUGAAGAGAAGAACUUACGUGCUCAAUACUUUAUUCCAUUCGGUGAGGUAUCAACACCAUCAAAGUUUGCUAGAGAUGAAGAAUUGGCAAAGAAAUGUUGGGAAUUUAGUGAAAAUUUAGUUAAUGAAAAAUUAAAUGAUAUUAAAAUUAAAGAAUGA